AUGCCCGAACAGCUGAACGUUAUUGCUCUGAUAUCAGGCGGGAAGGACUCACUAUAUACCAUCUUGCAUUGCAUGAAAAAUGGACAUAGAGUUGUAGCACUCGCGAAUUUAUACCCCCCACCUCGCCUAGGACAAGAAAAAGGGAAGGGAAGUCUUGGUUCAGAGGAGGAAGACAAAGAUCUGGACAGCUACAUGUACCAAACGAUUGGGUACAGCGUGAUUCCGCUUUACGAGGAAGCCUUGGAAAUCCCUUUAUUUCGGCAGGAGAUUCGUGGGCGUGCAGUAAAUACGUCUCGAGACUAUCAUCAUCAGGCUUCCACAGGCAGAACAGAGCAAGAAAAAGACGAAACAGAGUCGAUAUAUCACCUGCUUCAGCAGGUUUUAAAGGCCCGUCCGGAAGUGAAUGCUGUUUGUGCAGGCGCUGUUCUGUCCACGUAUCAAAGAACCAGGAUUGAAAAUGUUGCGUUACGGUUGAACUUGACACCUCUUGCGUGGCUGUGGAUGUACCCGUAUCUUCCCGCACCAUUACACUGCCAGAAUGCGGCGGCCACCACGGCCAGAGUGCCGAUUACGGGGUUGCUCGAUGAUAUGGCUGCGUGUGGCUGUGAAGCGAGAAUAAUAAAGGUAGCAAGCGGUGGGCUGGAUGAGAGUGAUCUAUGGGGCGACCUCGUAAGUCAAGAUUCAACCGUUAGGAGGACUAUUGUCAAAAGACUGGGGCGAUUCUUAGAUGAAGGUGUUGAAGCCGCUGUGUUAGGCGAGGGAGGGGAAUACGAGAGCCUUGCUUUGGACGGACCACGAUUUUUAUGGAAGAAAAGGAUUCACGUUGGUUCUGUGGAUAGAAGAUUUGGAGAUGCCGGAGCGGCAUUCUUAUCCCUCAAAGGUGCCCGGUGUGUCGAGAAAGAGGCUUUUGACAAUGGCACAGGGUGUACGCUGGGUGAUGUAAGGGUACCUUGGAUGUUUGAUGAUGAAUUCAGGAAACUUCUUGAUACCGUGAAAUUGAACGAGGUUAAGCGUGCCGUUCCGAUAUAUCGGAAAAUGGAAGAUAAACAAUGUAGGGGAUAUACGCUACAGUAUAAGAAGUCCAGAGGGCAGCUGAAUGUCUACAACCUCGCUGCCCCUGGAGCUGGGGGUGGAGCUUCAAAGCAGAUGCAUGCGAUUAAGGAUAAGCUAGCAGUUCUCUUGGGUGCUCAAAAGAAGGAGGAAGGAGAAGGAUUAACUCCGGACGACGCAAUCUUUAGCACGAUUUUACUUCGAUCGAUGGAUGAUUUUUCUGCUGUUAACGCUAUAUACUCAAGCCUCUUCACCCGACCCAAUCCCCCAGCCAGAGCCACCGUCGCUUGUGGAGACAGUAUGCCUACUGGAGUUGAUAUAAUGAUAUCCUUUACUUUCUACCUAGGCCUGAACACGCUUUUGCAGGCCCUCCAUGUCCAGUCAAGAUCUUACUGGGCUCCAGCAAAUAUAGGACCCUAUUCCCAGGCUGUGUAUGCCCCAAUGGAGUCGUCUUCUGGUCAAAUACUAGCAGCGGGACCUGUUUACAUUGCUGGCCAAAUACCACUUGACCCUAGCUCGAUGCAAAUAUAUUCCCCUACUGGAGAGUCAGAGAGCGAGCAGUCGUUAUUCCUCUCUCAGGCUGCUUUAUCUCUACAGCAUCUAUGGAGAAUAGGCAGGGCAAUGGAAGUGCGCUGGUGGAUGGGAGCUGUGGUGUUCCUGUCUGCUCAUGCUGGCGUACAGUCUAGAGCUGCUCUAGCGUGGGAUAUAUGGAAACGGAUGAACGAAGAUCACCAUACAGAGGACAAAGAAGAGGACGAUGGUGACUCUUCCACGUUUGAUGUCUGGCAUAUGAAGUAUGGAGGACAAUAUAGUCAGCCUAAGAAGGAGGUGACUAUGCUGCCAAUACCAGACUUCGAUAUUGUCCAGGGAACGUCCGUUAUCCCGUCUUUUUUUGCCAUUGAGGUUGACGAGCUUCCCCGAGGAAGCAGUAUCGAAUGGCAGGGCCUUGGAUUAAAGGGAAGCAAUGUUACUCUAUCUUACGACCAAGUUGAUGAUUUGAGGGUCCUGCAUGCGUCUGGAUCUGAGUUUGGCUGCUAUACAUCCAUAUCGAUUGUGGCGAAGCAUGAUGUUGAUCUAGAAGCCUCACUGCGAAAAGCAGUGCAAAUUGCCACAGAUAUGUCUCAUGGAGGUGUAUUUUCCCAUAUGGCUCUCUAUACCCCUCAUGGAGCCGAAUUUGAAGCAUGGGAUGGCCAGGUGAUACCAUGUAAGGCUGUGUAUGGCUGUGCAGCAGAAGAGCUUGUGGCCGCUCUUAUCUUUCAAACCAGUUCGCCAUGA